AAGCGGAAGUAACCGAAAGAAAUAAACGCCGUUUGGGGCGUAUCUUCUUCAGAAGGGUGUAUUAGGGUAGUGCGUGACACCCAUCUAGGUUGGAAUAAAUGCGUCGAAGAUAAUUUACGCGGCGAUGGGCGAACCAGUUGUACACUAUCAGCUGCGCAUCAUCCUCAUAGGUGACACAACCGUCGGCAAGACAUGCAUGCUACGCUACUUCACCGACGGACGCUCGCCCGACAGCACCAAGAUCUACGAUCCGACCGUCGGCGUGGACUUCUUCUCGCGGUUCGUCACACUGGAGGACGGCACGCGGCUCAAGCUGCAAAUCUGGGAUACGGCCGGCCAGGAGCGAUUCAGGUCCAUCACCCAGUCGUACUACCGCAACUCGGCCGGCGUCGUGCUGGUGUUCGACAUUUCGCAGCGCUCCACGUUCGAGCACAUCCCCACUUGGAUGAUGGAGGCGCGACGCAGCAUCGAGCCGCACACGCCCACGUUCGUGCUGGUCGGCAGCAAGGCCGACCGCGAGCGCAGGAGGGAGGUGCAGCAGGACGAGGCGCAGCGGUUCGCCGACUUCUACGAGAUGCCGUACGUGGAGUGUUCGUCGCUGAGCGGCCAGAACGUGGGACAGGUGUUUGAGACGCUCGGGCGCUGCAUGCACGACCGCAUCCAACGCGGCGAGUACGACCCGGACGGCCGGUGGGAGGGCGUGCGGCGCGGCUACGGCGCCGCGCCGCCAAUGGCCGCCGACGGGCCGGCCGCGCGGCGGCGCUGCUGCUGACCGGCCGCUGACGGGCGCACCCGACGGCCCGACGGCGCCUGCCUCCACUCGCCCCCGACCCGUACCUGAAGCUAGGCCAGCGCGGCGGCGCGGACCCUGUGUGCGCGCGCGUGUCGCCCGACCGGCACCCGGUGACGCGAGCGGCGUGCCAAACAGCUGCGCGUGGCUCGGUCGGCCACGGCGUGUAUCGAUUGUGGUGGCAUGAUUACGGGGUUUGGGUUAGCCUAAGCCAGAGUUAACUAGUUUUUGAGUUCUUUGUCAUGGUGCGUCGAUUGCAACCGUACUUGCACGAAGCAUGUAAGACUUCUUGUCAUUUUUUGUGCAGUUACACGUGGUGAAUCGUAAUAAGAACGGAUCAAAGGACGGUCAUGAUAAUCUGGCUAGGUUGUUUUAUAACUAAACGGUACAGGCGUUGCGGAUCAUGACGCGCCUUGCGUUUGUGUGGCCGGCUUUAAUCCACGGCUGUGUAGCCCGUGGGCUGACUAUUGAUGGGUUCCCCAACGAGGUGGCGGUUGUUGUUGCCCUCGGCUGCGCUAUCGUAUCUAGAUGUGCUCCUGUCUGUGUUGUGCCUCUAUAGGCGGUCCCUGGAAGCGAUGCUGUUGGCCGCGCGUCGACAGAUAUUGGUCUCGCCCUCCAGCUUACCCUCCGUCGGCCGUUCUUGGCCGCCAACUCACCCUCCGUUGCCUGAUGCGCGAUGGCCAGUCCCGCCUUAUCGUAGGGUGCAAUGACUGUCACGUGCCCCUUCCCAGUUUACGCGCCAGGCGAUUCCUCGGUCGAUGGUCCUGUUAAGCUGACCGCUGUGCGGCGCCCUGUGUCUCACAGAGAGGGGCGGUGAGUGCCUCCGAUUCAUGAAGUCGUGGACCUGGCCGGUUGGGGGCCGAUACUCGGCCCGCACUGCUCAGGUGGUCAUGUCGCCACGUUGUUACUUCGCGGCAGUCAUAUACUCCGGAUGCGAUCCAGUCGUGUGCAUGUUUCGGGAGGCCAUAUUCAAUACACAUGAAC